AUGAAUACUUUGUUUACAGAGGACUUCAAUGGGGAGAUACAUAAAGUUCUGAAGAAAUACUGCGGAAGAGGUCUAUCACUGAUGAUUUCCGGGGGAUCCUUGCUCCAAUGCCUCGAUGACGAAAGAUACACGGGUUUAGAUACUUCAAAGUGGAAGAUAUUCUAUUCAGAUGAAAGGGUGGAUCAGAGCCAUCUGAACUAUACUGCAUCGCUAGGAUUCAUAAGCAAAAUCAACGGGGAAGUGCAUAGGAUAGAUACGUCAAGGCCACUAAAUGAGGCAGUAAGAAUGUACUCUGCAGAGUUGGUAGACAUCGACAUAUGCUUUCUUGGGAUAGGUGGGGACGGCCACAUAUGCUCUCUUCCUCCUGGAUGCAAAGAGUUAAGCUCCAAUGACUAUGUGGUAGCUCUGGAGGGAGGUUUCUCUGUGUCUCCAAAGAGAGUGAGCAUCACGCCCAGGUUUAUCAACGAGAAGAUUAAGGAGCUAUACUUUGUAGUUCCAAAUAGCAAGAAAAAGGGGGUUUGCUGUCCGGAUGGAAGCAUAACCCGGAAGAUUACAAGAGGCUUUUCUGUGAUCCUGGAGAAGUAG